AUGCUGAUCCUCGCACUCGCCCUGAUCCCGUCUCCUCGUGCGACGCUGCGCACCAGAGGCGCGCGCAUGGGCUUGAACGAGGCGUGGAAGACAGAGGCGGCUGCAGCCCGCGCCGCCUUCGCCGCCCGGGAGCAGAGCCGCACGAGGAAGAAGGGCUCGGUGGCGCAGCUAGACGCGUCGAACUUUGCAUCGUCGCUCGCGGCCGUGGAGAGAGUCGGCGUCGUCAAGUUCUUCUCUCCACAGUGCCCUGCGUGCCGCCGCCUAGCGCCGGUCUACGAGGCGGCGGCCAAGCGCUUCUCCGGCCAGGCGGACUUCUUCGAAGUGAACUACAAGCAGGCGCAGCAGGUCUGCAGGGAAGAGCGCGUGCUGCUGCUGCCGAUGGUGCACCUGUACGUGCCUCGCGCCGGCUGCGUCGACCGGUUCGUGCUCAGCUACAAGCGUCGGAAGCGGCUCGAGGAGAAGCUGGACGGUUUGCUCGCAGGGGAGGGGGAGCGGCUGGACCGGCUGAGGGAGCUCGACCCGGCCGCCCUGGCGCCACUCGUGAGGCUCAAGGAGCUGCUUGGCGCGGUGCAGGCGGUGCGGAGGGCGCCCGAGCUGCUGCGCGGCGCGGCGGGCGACGGCUGGGUGACGGAGCAGCAGACCGAGGAGAUGCAGUCCGUCUUUCGCGCGCUCGACCGGAACGGCGACGGCGUGCUCGACGCGGAGGAGCUGGCGGCGGCGUGCGAGGCGCUGGGCAUGCCCUUCUCCUCGGAGGAGGAGCUGCGGAGGGUGGUGACAGCGGCGGACGGCGACGCGAGCACCGACACGGUGGUCGCACCCCGUUCCUUGAUGGAGCCCGUGCUGAGCUGCCCUCUGGAGGGUGGAGUGUGGAACUAG